UGGAUGCGGCUCCUGGAAAUGCGGUGCGCUUCUCCUGCGCAUGCGUCACAGCGCUUCAAACGCUGCUAGUGGAGAGUCCGAGCGACGGACUGCUGCAGUCUCGAGCCGCGUGGAAAGACUGCACACCUCAUUUACUUCACAACGCCAAGGAGGCAAGCCCGAAUCAACGCUUUUUUGAUUUGUCCUCAUCCAUCGUUCUCAAACUGAUUUACUCAUCCUGUUUACACCAUGGCCAACAAAGAGGAGAAAGCUGACGAGAAACAGUCGAGUUGGAAAGAUUUUAUCUACAACCCACGGACGGGGGAAUUCAUCGGGCGCACCGCGAGCAGUUGGGCUCUUAUAUUCCUCUUUUAUCUGGUCUUCUAUGGCUUCCUGGCUGGAAUGUUCAGUCUCACCAUGUGGGUGAUGCUACAGACUCUGGAUGAUCACACUCCCAGAUACAGGGACCGAGUGGCCAAUCCAGGGCUGAUGAUCAGGCCGAAGUACUUGGAUAUUGGAUUUAACCGAUCCAUUCCCCAGCAAUACAACAAGUAUGUGCAGCACCUGGAGUCGUUCCUGCAGUUUUACAAUGACUCCAUACAGGACGCAAACAAGCAGUGUACUGAGGGGGAGUACUUUGAGCAAGAUAAAGCUGAGGAGAAGCAGGUGUGCCAGUUCAAGAGAAGUGUGCUACGACAGUGCUCUGGACUGGCUGAUAGCACUUUUGGUUAUUCAGAGGGCCAGCCAUGCAUCCUAGUCAAGAUGAAUCGAGUUAUUGGGCUUAGGCCACGAGGAGACCCACAUAUCAACUGUGCAGCUAAGAGAGAAACUCCCCUGCAGAUGCAGUAUUUCCCCACUGAGGGCACACUCGACAAGAGUUACUUCCCCUAUUAUGGCAAGACACUGCAUGCAAACUACGUCCAGCCCGUUGUAGCCGUGAAGCUGCUGCUGGCUGAGGAAGACUACAAUACUGAGCUCGUCAUCGAGUGUAAGGUGGAGGGAACGGACCUGCUCAACAACGACGAACGCGACAAGUUCUUGGGCCGCGUCACCUUCCGGGUGAAAGUGUUGAAGUAGCCUGGAUCAUUUACCGGAGACGCACGAUGUCAGUUCCUCUCACUCAAACCCCGUCCCUUCCCAUGUUUAUCACGUCCAUAUCACAUGCACCUCGUCCCCUGUGUGGCGUCCUGUGAGUUUAAUCAGGACCGUUACGUAUCAAGCACAGUAUGAAUGCUCCUCUAGGGUCAAGUUUUUUCACAACUCGUCCUCGAUUACAGUGUAGUUUGAUGCAUGCAGACCUUCACUGGCCCUGCGCUACGGAUGGAAAAGUGUGCAUAUGCGUGACGGUUAAUUAAGGUUUUAGGAAUUAUUUCUUAUUAUAAUUCAUUGAUCGCCACCCUUUAAUCCAAAAACAUCCCACCGGAAAUGAAAUUCAAAGGUAAAAAACAAGACACGUCGAUUCUCCUCCUCCGUCUCCCCGUAAGAGAGAACCUAGUGUCGUCGUGUAGUAAGUUUAGGGACCUGUAAAUAGAUGCAUCGACACAUGACGUGGAUGUGCUCUGCUCCCCCAUAGUACUGUUUAGCCUGCCAUGUGUGUGUGCGUGUGAUGUGAAGCCUCUGUGUACAUAUUUAAUGGAUUUUAAACACUCUUUUCUCUGUCAUUGCUCUCACUUCGUCUGACUGCUGUAAGAAAUCAAGAGUAUGAAAUUAUAUAAUAGCUGUAAUUUAAGAUUAUUGAGAAAUGAAAAAAAUAAGGAGGGGGGGAAAGGGAAAAAGCCAAAAAAAAAAACAUCUGUAUCAAACCCGUCCACCAUCUGAGGGAAGUGAUUUUUUUAAACCUCUGCAGAAACUGUUCUUUGUGCAGAUGCCUUACGAUCUGUAUGAGUUUAAAAAUCUUGAAAUAAAAGUGAUUUUAAACAAA